AUGAAUGUUCUAUCAUGUUCCAUCAACACACUAAAUGGGUUAUACGAUAUAUCCGGUGUGGAAGUAGGCCAACAUUUUUAUUGGAAAAUCGGGGGUUUCCAAGUCCACGGCCAAGUACUUAUUACUUCUUGGGUUGUAAUUGCUAUCUUAUUAGCUUCAGCCACUCUAGCCGUUCGGAACCCACAAACCAUUCCGACCAGCGGUCAGAAUUUCUUCGAAUAUGUCCUUGAAUUUAUUCGAGAUGUGAGUAAAACUCAAAUUGGAGAAGAAUAUGGUCCUUGGGUUCCUUUUAUUGGAACUAUGUUUCUAUUUAUUUUUGUUUCUAAUUGGUCAGGCGCCCUUUUACCUUGGAAAAUCAUACAAUUACCUCAUGGGGAGUUAGCCGCCCCCACGAAUGAUAUAAAUACUACUGUUGCUUUGGCUUUACUCACAUCAGUGGCAUAUUUCUAUGCGGGUCUUAGCAAAAAAGGAUUAGGUUAUUUCGGUAAAUAUAUUCAACCAACUCCAAUUCUUUUACCUAUUAACAUCUUAGAAGAUUUCACAAAUCCCCUAUCACUUAGUUUUCGACUUUUCGGAAAUAUAUUAGCCGAUGAAUUAGUAGUUGUUGUUCUUGUUUCUUUAGUACCUUCAGUGGUUCCUAUCCCUGUCAUGUUCCUUGGAUUAUUUACAAGUGGUAUUCAAGCUCUUAUUUUUGCAACUUUAGCUGCGGCUUAUAUAGGUGAAUCCAUGGAGGGCCACCAUUGACUAGUUUUCUAAAUAGUCUUUUUUUACUUUAACCUAAGGCAAUGUUGUGUGGCUAAAAAAAAUUGACUUAGGGAAUGAAAAUACCCAACUACACUAUAUAUGAUCUAGAGUAAUAGAAAAAAAGAUUACAAUAAAGAUUACAAUAUUGAUAUUAGAGUAGAGAAUAAAAAAAAAGGAAAGAGAUCUCAAAGAUCUUUUUCCUAAAAUUCCCGUUUGGUGCAUUUAUAUCAUAAUCAUACUUUCCCCUCAAUGAAUAUUGAGUUUAGAUUGGUCAUCGAAUCCGAAUAUGAACUAUUCGGAGUCGUAAUUUGACGAAGAAGUCUUGUACGAUGUGUGAUUAAAUAAAAAAAGGAUGUUCUAGAGAACGAUUCCCCCUUUUCAGUUGAUUUUAUUCAACGAUUGACCAAACGAAAAUAUUAAUAAAUAAUAAAUUGUACGAACUUAGAUCAAUCAAAUCAAUUUCUAUGCAACGAUUCGGCCCAAUCAAUUUAUCCAUUUAUUAUCUUAUCAAUUUAGGUUGCGUGAUAAUGAUAAAGAAAGGGAAAGGAUAAUUUCUAAAAAAGGGGAUUUAUAAAUGGUUCGUAGAGGCGAGGUCGAACUAGGUAUAUGGAAUUGAAUGGCUAUAAGUUAACUCUUGUCAAGGGUUAGACGCAUCCUUAUCAAAUUAGCUUGAAUUAAAGAUUAGGGAAGAGUUGGUUUACAUUGUGGAAGAAAGACAUGUAUAUGUGAUAUUAGAUAUUGACUAGUUAUAUAUGAGCUAAAGAUAUAUCUAAUUUCCCCUACUAAUCGAAUGUGAAUGUAGAUGGGGAUUCUAUAUAUAUAAGUCCUUCUGUCUCAUCUGUGACUGUGAGUUCAAUGAAUAAACGGAUGAAGUCAAUAAAAAAAUCGAAGAAUUCAAAGAGCGUUUCGGGACAAAGAAACGGAAAAACUAAAGUUGUAUGGAUUCACAAAGACUUUCUCGAGAGAAACUAAAAAAGAGAUAUCAAAGUCGUUUUGAUGAUUCAAGAAUGUUAUUACUUAAAUUCAAAGUUCGUAGUUACUUCGACUGUAUGAAUCGUAGCAAUGGAAUCAUUAAGUCAUAGUUCAUUGGUUGAAUGUAUCAUUAACCAUUUUUUUUUGGUACGAGGAACUUAUCAUGAAUCCACUGAUUUCUGCCGCUUCCGUUAUUGCUGCUGGAUUGGCUGUAGGGCUUGCUUCUAUUGGACCUGGAGUUGGUCAAGGUACUGCUGCGGGUCAAGCUGUAGAAGGUAUCGCGAGACAGCCCGAGGCGGAGGGAAAAAUACGAGGUACUUUAUUGCUUAGUCUAGCUUUUAUGGAAGCUUUAACCAUUUAUGGCCUGGUUGUAGCAUUAGCACUUUUAUUUGCGAAUCCUUUUGUUUAAUAUUCGAAAUAUGAAAAAUCAAAAUUUUUCAUAUUUUAUUGCCUUGGACUUGUGCUUUGCUUUUUCGAAUUAAAUAAAGAUUUCAUUCCUAGAAUUACUUAUUCGUUGAGAAAAUAACCCACGGGAAGGGCUGAUUUGCGGAUGAGGAAUUAGCAUACCAACUUGCUUUCAUCCUUCCCGUUCGUGUUCGUAGGCCUUUUUUUAGUUUUUAAGAGGGGUUGCAACCAAGGAGGUAAUUCAUUAUUUCUAAAUCGAAUAAAAAAUCUAUUCUAUUUAGAAAGUAGGAAACUAGCAAUAUCAAUAUAUAUAAGAGGGCAAAGUAAUACAAAAAGAACUCUGUUCGAUUUUUUAGUCUAUCUAUA